AUGUUCUCUCCUCUCACUAUUCUCAUCUCCCUGAUCUGCAUGAUCUCAUUAGGACACGCCGGACCGUAUGGCUACUACAAUCGUGGAUACAACAAUGGGUACGCUACUUAUCGUGGUAAUUAUGGUAAUUAUGGAAACUACAACAACUAUCCAUCCUCUUACAAUCGCGGCGGUUACUACCAAAACUACCAGUACCAAGGCUACCGUAGCCCGUACCAAUAUCAGGGAUACGGUAAUGGCUAUAACUACAACAACUACUACGCCCAACCAAGCUAUUCUAAUGGUAUCAACUACGACUCAUAUGGAAACUCAUUUAUCGGAACCAAGGAUAACGGGAUCUAUCUGUUCUGCAAUGGGAGAGGAUGCCCAGGUCGUGGUUAG